AUGGCGACCAAUUGGUCCUCCCUCAAGGUGGUUGACCUCAAAGCCGAACUCAAGAAGCGCGAUCUACCUCAGCAUGGAUUAAAAGCCGAACUCAUCGCCCGUCUGGAGGAAGCAGAGCAGACUGCUGAUGUGCCGCCUCACGAAGACGACGUGGGGCAUGAGGAAGAGAAUGCUGCGGACAGCACCAAUGACCUCGAGAAGCGUCAAAACGACGAUGAGCACAUGAAGAAGGGCGCUCAGGCAUCUGCCGACGGUCAGAAGGAUGUCGACCCGUCUACGGAACCUGCGCAGGCUGAACAGAUUGUUGGAUCGACCGAGCAAACAGAUCAAGAGCCUCCGGCCACCACGACCGAUGCACCCGAGCCGGCCAAGGAGGUCGAACAAGACAACUCGACUCCUGCACCUGUCGAGCCCAUGAAUGCGACAACAACUGAAGAGCCCCAGGAUGCGAACGCGACCCAUGCUGAGCAGACUGCCCCCAAUGGAGAACAGCCAGAAUCGCCAAAGCGCGAGCCAGCCCACGAGGACAGCAUGGCUGUCGACGCGGCGGAAGUCUCACCGCAGCCCAAGGAAGCUUCGCCUAUGCCCGAACCUAUCCCUCCAUCAGAAGACACUGAGGACCCUGUCGCUGCCGACGCCAACCAGAAGCGGAAGCGUCGGUCCGCGAGCCCAUUGCCCAGUGAAGAGUCCAUGGCCAAGCGCGCCCGUGUCGCCGAAGACUCCCGCAGCGAGGAUGCUGCGCCCUCCGUCAGCAUUGCUUUCCGCCCAGACGAAGACGCAACCAUGGGCGAUGCCAACGACUACGAGCAAGAUCUUCCCGAACAGAGUGUCGCUCCAUCGAUCCACCACGCGACACCUGCUCUCUACAUCUCGAAUCUCAUGCGACCGCUACGCCCGGAUGAUGUCCAGGCUCACAUUGUCGACCUCGCUACACCGCGCGGCCACUCGCUGUCAAACGAUAUUAUCACUACCUUCCAUCUCGACCAGAUCCGCACGCACGCCUUUGUCGUCCUGACGUCCACGGCUGCCGCGUCGCGCGUCCGCACACUGCUACACGACAAGGUUUGGCCUCGAGAGAGCAACAGAAAAGCACUCUUUGUAGACUUUAUCCCCGAAGACCGCGUCAAGGAAUGGAUCGAUACAGAAGCCCAGUCGCGACGAGGCACGAGGUGGGAGGUCAUAUACUCCUCCGACCCGGAGCCAGAGGCAACCCUCGCUCAGAGCACGGACACAUCCUCCCGUCCCACGGGUUCAUUCUCCAAUGCCAUUCCCACCGGGCCACGAGGCGACUCUAUCAACAACAUCCCCGUCGGUCCGCGCGGUGCACCGACUGGUCCGAGAGCCAAGCGCUCUGGACCAGGCCCGUUCCCUCCCAAUGGACCGGGUCCCCAUCCUUCUGGCGGUAACAGGACACGAGCGUUCCCACCAGUCUCGUUCGCACCAGUGGCCGACGAACUCGCGCAGCGACGAAUCGACAACAUUCGUGGAUUCUACACGGACCGUCGUGGACCGUAUGGCAAGGAGCUGAAUCGCUACUCGUUUGAGGACGGCGACAGGUUCGUCGACCGGGGCACCGAGGUGUUUGUUGCCAUCAGGCCGCCUCACAGGGACAAGCCUAGGGGAGGUGGUCGCGGUCGGGGCGGUGGUCGUGGUGGUGGGGGCGGUGGGAGAUUCGACGACCGAAGGUUUGAUCGCAGAUUUGACGAUCGCAGGUUCGACGAUGGUAGACGAUUCGACGAUCGGAGGUUUGGGCGGGACCGCUUUGCGGGUGGCGGCAGAGGAGGUGGUCGUUCAUGGGGUGAUCGUUACAUGCCCGAUCGAAGGUGA